UGAGCAGCGGUCAGCUGAUCCACAGUAGAGCGAACAUGGCGGCGGAGAUCCACUCGAGGCCCCAGACCUCCCGCCCGGUGCUGCUCAACAAGAUCGAGGGGCACUCAGACGGGGUCAACGCGGCCGUUCUGAUCCCCAAGGAGGAUGGGGUGAUCACGGUCAGUGAGGACCGAACCAUCCGAGUAUGGCUGAAGCGGGACAGCGGGCAGUUCUGGCCCAGCAUCUACCACACCGUGUCCUCUCCAUGCUCUUGCAUGUCGUACCACCAUGACAGUCGGCGCAUCUUCAUUGGCCAAGACAACGGAGCCAUUGUGGAGUUUCUCAUAUCUGAGGACUUCAACAAGAUGAACCACGUGAAGACGUAUCCAGCCCAUCAGAACCGCGUGUCGGAUAUGGUGUUCUCACUGGAGAGUGAGUGGGUGGUGAGCACCGGCCAGGACAAGAGCGUGAGCUGGAUGUGCACCGAGAGCGGCAGCAUGCUGGGCAGACACUACUUCAGCUCCUGGGCCUCCUGCCUCCAAUACGAUCAGGAGACACAGCACGCUUUUGUGGGCGACUACUCGGGUCAGAUCACCCUGCUGAAGCUGGAGAGACAGACGUACUCCAUCAUCACUACCCUCAAGGGCCAUGAAGGCAGUAUCGGGGCCCUGUGGUGGGACCCGGUGCAGAAGCUGCUCUUCUCAGGGGCCUCCGACCACAGCGUCAUCAUGUGGGACAUCGGCGGGCGCAAGGGCCGCACCCUGCUGCUCCAGGGACACCACGAGCGGGUGCAGGCGGUGCGCUACCUACAGCUGACCAGACAGCUGCUGACCUGCUCUGUGGACGGAGGCAUCACCGUGUGGAACAUGGACACGCAGCGGGAAGAGGCUCCUCAGUGGCUGGACAGCGACUCCUGUCAGAAGUGUGAGCAGCCCUUCUUCUGGAACAUCAAGCAGAUGUGGGACAGCAGGACCAUCGGCCUCAGACAGCACCACUGCAGGAAGUGCGGCCAGGCCGUGUGUGCCAAGUGCAGCUCCAAGCGCUCCACCUUCCCCCUCAUGGGCUUUGAGUUCCAGGUGCGGGUGUGUGACAGCUGCUUUGACACCAUCAAAGAAGAAGAUCGGACAGCGCUGGCUACCUUCCACGAGGGGAAGCACAACAUCGCCCACAUGGACAUAGAUCCUUCCAGAGGCCUGAUGGUCACCUGUGGCAGUGAUCGCAUCGUCAAGAUCUGGGACAUGACGCAGGUGGUGGGCUGUAGCCUAGCAACAGUUUUCUCUGCACGCUGAACGCCGGCGCCACCCUUCAACAAGAACCCCUACCCCCCCUAGUCUCCGCCCACUUCUGUGCUGAGGUGGGGGGGUGGAUGCAGUUCUCAUGGAAACACAUUGAUGUUUUUCACCCGCUGUAUGCCUAAACUCCCUUAUCCACCACUGGGCUUACUGUGUGUGUGUGUGUGUGUGUGUGUGUGUGUGUGUGUGUGUGUGUGUGUGUGUGUGUGUGUGUGUGUGUGUGUGUGUGUGUGUGUGUGUGUGUGUGUGUGUGUGUGUGUGUGUGUGUGUGCAAAUGUUCCUUUGUGCUAAGGAUCAGAGCUGAUACCUUGUAUUGAAUUUGCCAUCAACAAAUCAUUUCGAUCCCCUUUUUAAAUGUUUGUGUAAAAUUAUUGUUAUUUAAGGCAUAUAAUUAUCUCAAGCACAAUGCAUGUGUGGCUGUACAUGUUUGCACUCCCUCUUGUCAUGAUUGGGUCCCUAACCUUUGGGAAGUUAUAUUUGUAUUAGUCAUGGUAUGCACAGCCUAUUUCUAAUUGUCUCAUUUCAUCCAAAGUCAAAUCAAUGCGUCUCAUUCUCAGCGUCACAAGGGCCUGCUUACUGCAUUCCAGGUGUGUGUGUGUGUGUGUGUGUGUGUGUGUGUGUGUGUGUGUGUGUGUGUGUGUGUGUGUGUGUGUGUGUGUGUGUGUGUGUGUGUGUGUGUGUGUGUGUGUGUGUGUGUGUCAACUUGUUAAUCUUUCAAUCUGCCCAUGAGUUCCUUGUCGUCGUCCCCCCACUAGUCUGCCUUACUCGACUCUCAGGAGGUCCCAUGGUGGAGGUUAGGGUUUGGUUAGCUACUGGACCUUCUAAAGCAACCUGACCUUGGAGUAGCCUCUGAGAUGUUUGGAGAGCUCAAAAGAGCUCUUCAGGUGACGCCCCUACAGAUGGAUGCUGUAUAACAGUAGCGGUGGUAUAGAGGAGACUCGAACGCCUUUGUUUUGAGACUGAACUUUGAUUUGUUAAGGGAGAAGAGGGGUCUCCCCCUUAGGGUCCUCAACAGGUACUUAAACUAGCUGUACACCCCGUCACUAGCGGUGUGUUUAAGGCCCUCAACAGGUACUUAAACUAGCUGUACACCCCGGCACUAGCGGUGUGUUUAAGGCCCUCAACAGGUACUUAAACUAGGUGUAUACCAGAGUACUAGCGGUGUGUUUUUCAGAGCUCACUUCCUCGGUUGCCUUAUUUAGGAAACACAUGAACAUCCUUAGAUCUUUAGGGAUCUGCUGAUGAUCCAUGUUCACUGAGACCCUCUGAACCCACUCAUGUUUGUAUUGCUUGCAGCGUAUUUGUUCUUUUCAUUCAACACUAUUUUAUGUUUCCUCUAUUUAUUUGGUGUCCUGGUCUCCUCUCCUAACUGCACUGCACUCAAUUGCACAAAUUGUGGUUUAAAAGAAAACUGAUGGUGAUUUGGUGUUUUUUUUCUUCAUGACCGUGGAGGAUGAGUUGAACUUGGCAUGGUGGAUGAGUUGGACUGAUUGAACUGGGCAUGGUGGUUGUAGCAUUCUCUGUUGGUUAGGUGUGGCCAACAUGGUAACAGUGUAGACUUCCUUAACUCUAUCCUGAAUAUUGGCUGAUUAAAGCAGGAACAUAAUGUUAACCUAAUACUAAUCUGUAGAAACAUUCCAGUUCUUUGAUCUUAAUGUAUAUUGAUAUUGGUAUUGGAUAUAUUUUUACGAUGGUUUCUGCUGGUGCCCAAAUGUUGUUCUUUUUUCUUAUGACACAUAAGAAAAAAGACACACUCCUGCAUGUUCCCCGGGGUUAUCUGCAUGGGAAAUAAAUGUUUGUGACAAACUACACGGUGGUCUAGUGAAAGCAAAUGCCUACCAGUCUCACAACGUCCUGGGACUGCAUUAUACGGGGGGCCCUCACAGUCCCCAGAAGGCGCCGGAUAUCUCCAUACCCCAAGACCCUGAGAGGCCCCAGAAUUAAGAAUUAAGGCUGACAUCUGCUCCUGCUGGCAGGGCUGCUCCAGGCCCCUACAACCCUUCAGGGCCCCUACAGGGCUCAGAGAUGGUACCUAGAGGUUACCUAGUGGGCCCCUACAGUGUAUCUGUAGGGCUCUUACAGGGGGCUCCUACAGGGACCUUACAGGGUUAUGAGGUUGCAACAGUACAAUCAAGAUUCAAUCCAGCCAAUGGCAGAACAUCUGUUUGGAAGACAUCACUUGGUGGUGUUGUACUUUCUGCUCAACCCCUCCGUCUGUGAGGGGGAUAUAGGACACGCGAAAGGGGAGGUGGAUGCAAUGUACAUCUAAUGAAUCACAUCGAAAAAGACUGGAUAUGAGUUAACCUUUAGUUCCGGUUUAGUGUUACAGCCGUAGCACUUCACCAGCAGCAUGAGUAUCAAUGAUCUACUUCUUAGUGAAAAGGUCCACUCUUUGUUUUUGCAACACUGCAAAAUGUAGUCGCAUAUUUAGUUAGAACUAAAACUAAUUUCUGGGAUUCUCUUUCUUUAGCUCUCUCUCCCGUAUCCGCUUGUAUAAGACAUCCUUCCAAUAUGUUCAGUUGUAUAUCUCAAAUUAUAGUAUUUUUAAGAACGAUAUGAUACUGACAUGUAGCUCACCCCUGUCCUCCCGUGGGUCUGGGAGAGAGAAACUGAACGAUGCUAAAUAAAGACAUUACAAACAAUGAUCCUCUCCACAUUUCUUCACCAAGCAGACUCAGAAAAAAAGAGUUUU